AUGAGCGGGAUCCCUCGUGCUUACAACUCGUUCCGAUAUGACGACAAUAUAAAUACUUCCAGAGAAGGCAUUCGGCUGGCAUCAGUUGUCAUCGAUCGACCAGAACCUGAGAACGGCCCGUCUGACAUGUUACCGGGUCGACUUGCCGCAGCUCUCUAUAAGAUGACCGGACUUCACAGUCUUUCCCUCGAUCUGGAGCAUUUCAAUGAUGGACAAGAUGAAGACUCCCAAAAGCAGAUGGCGUUCGGACAGCUCGUGUGGCCAAAGCUUCACUCACUCAGAUUCCACGGCUCUAGCGGUACUGGCAGAACAAUUUUGAGGCACUGUGAUCCGAAUGUACUUCACACCCUCCACCUUCAUACAUGGACAGACUCAGAGAUAGUCGAGAAGGCUAGAGGAAUCGUGAACCUCAGGCGAUUGCAUUUGUACUAUGACCGGGCUGAUCUUACUGAACCUGCUACUUUGGCAUGUGUCAGCGAAAAAACAUGGGAUGAAGUCCGCGCGAUCCUGUGGGUAAGGAUUCACAACUCGGUGUUCAUGGAUUACCUUAUCUUGCGAGAAGCAAAUGUCGACAUCCAAGGGCAUCUCGACGAUGAUCAAGACAUGGUCAGACUUAUAGAGGCCUUGAGGAACAUGCAAACGGUGGUCAAAUACAUUCGGCACCUGGCCUUCUCGCUCGAUCAUAGGCGCUUCAGCCCUAGACUUAUUCGUUUCCAUCUGAACGGAAACCAAGUUCACCACGAAUUGACCCGACGCGAAGUCGAUUUAUGGUACAAAAAGAUUAUCGUUGAUUUGAUGGAUGUAAAACGUCUGGUCGAAGUUUGGGUUUUUGCUUACGACUCUCUUGCAUUUCAUGGCACACGCAACAGCGACAAGACAGUUUCUGUCAGGCGCAUAACGCUCAAGCAAGAUCCCCAGAAGAACAGCUUUCCCUGGGGAGUUCUUGACGACUGACAGUACCACCUCUCUAGUGCUAG